AUGGGCUUCAAAGAAAUUCAUCUAAUCCGAGAAGGAAUAUGGCGACGUGCGGUUGGCCUCUUUGUCUUUUGGUGUAUUUUUCUAAAUGCAACGGAUGCACAAAUCCGUUACUCAAUCCCCGAGGAGAUGAAAAAAGGCUCACUCGUCGGGAAUGUGGCACAAGAUCUCGGUUUGGAUCUGAAAAGACUCCGUUCUGGGCGGGCUCGCAUCGUGACAGGGGAGAAUGUCCAGUACACAGAGCUGCGGGCGGACAAAGGGCUCCUAGUUGUCCAUGAGAGGAUAGAUAGAGAACAGCUAUGUGGAGACAUGACACCGUGCAGCUUCACCUUUGAGUUAUUAUUGGAGAACCCCAUGGAGCUGCACCCCGUGACCAUAGAAGUAUUGGACGUCAAUGACAACGCUCCCACCUUUGAAAACAGUAAUUUGCAAUUUGAAAUAACUGAACUGGCAGCACUUGGUUCCCGUUUUGUUUUGGAAAGUGCACAUGAUGCAGAUGUGGGUACAAACGCUGUGCAGAAUUACAUUUUAACACCAAGUGAUAAUUUCGUUUUAAAGGAGCACGACAGUCCGGGUGGUAGAAAACAUGCAGAAAUGGUGCUUCAGAAAGCCUUAGACAGGGAAGAACAGCCACGUCUCACUUUAAAAUUAGUGGCUGUGGACGGUGGAAAUCCACAAAGAUCAGGUACUGUACAUAUAGAAGUUAUUAUUCUCGAUGUGAAUGAUAAUGUUCCCGUGUUUAAUCAAACCUUUUAUAAAGCAAAAGUAAUUGAGAAUGCACCAAAAGGCACCCACGUUCUGACUGUAAAUGCCACUGAUGCAGACAGCGGUUCAAAUGGAAAAGUAGCUUACUCAUUUUCUAAAUCAAAUGCAGGAAUAGCUAACUUGUUUCAUGUAGACGAGACAACAGGGGCAAUAUAUGUCGCAAAACAAAUUGAUUAUGAGAAAGACAAGACCAUUGAGUUUAUGGUUGAAGCUAAAGAUCAAGGUGGGCUGACAGAGUCCACUAAAGUGGAAAUAGAAGUGCUUGAUGUGAAUGAUAAUGUCCCAGUCAUUAACGUUAUGUCCUUCACUAGUCCCGUGUCAGAAGACUCCCAGGCUGGCACAACUAUUGGUAUCAUUAAUGUAAAAGACUUAGAUUCUAAAGAAAAUGGUAACGUAAAGUGCGCAAUUGAGGGCCGUGUUCCAUUUAGGAUUAAAACCAAUGUAAGAAAUUAUUUUGCAUUGAUGACUGACGCUGUCUUGGAUCGUGAAAGUGUGUCAGAAUAUAACAUCACAAUUGUUUCAUCCGAUAGCGGUUCACCGUCCCUCUCAACUAAAAAAAUGUUUAAUUUAAAAGUUGCAGAUGUUAAUGACAAUGCUCCCGUCUUUCCCGUCAACUUCUAUCGUGCAAAUAUUUUAGAAAACAACUCCCCAGGUGUUUCUGUGCUAAGAGUGAGUGCCAAAGACCCGGAUGAAAAUCAGAACGCUCGUGUCUCUUAUAUGUUGGAGCAGAGUGAAAUCGGAGGAAGUCCAAUUACUGAAUUUGUGUCCGUAAAUGCAGAAAGUGGCGAUAUUAGUGCGGUUCGAUCAUUUGAUUAUGAGCAAAUCAAAGAAGUAACAUUUAUCGUCCGAGCUCAGGACGGAGGCUCCCCUCCUCUUAGCAGCAACGUAAGCGUGGCCAUCCUGAUCCAGGACUCCAACGACAAUGGCCCGCAGGUCCUGUACCCGGUCCAAGCGGGUGGGUCAGUGCUUGCUGAAAUGGUGCCUCGUUCGGCAGAUGUGGGCUAUCUGGUGACUAAAGUGGUGGCUGUGGAUGUGGACUCCGGACAGAACGCCUGGCUCUCGUAUAAAGUGCAGAAAGCCACAGACAGGGCGUUGUUUGAAGUGGGCCUCCACAAUGGAGAAAUAAGAACUGUCCGCCAAGUGACUGAUAAAGAUGCUGUCAAACAAAGACUGACUGUUGUAGUGGCAGACAAUGGGCAGCCCUCUCGUUCAACUACAGUCAUUGUUAAUGUGGCAGUGGCAGACAACUUCCCUGAAGUGCUCUCAGAGUUCAGUGAUUUUAGCAUGCACGAUAAGGAGUACAAUGACAAGCUGACUUUUUACUUAGUCUUGGCUUUGGCAGUGGUCUCCUUCCUUUUCAUCACUUGCUUGACACUUAUAAUAUCAGUCAAAGUGUACAGGUGGAGACAAUCUCGCAUCCUGUACCACUCUAACCUGCCCGUCAUUCCGUAUUAUCCACCACGUUACUCGGACACUUUGGGGACAGGGACUCUCCCGCACGUGUACAAUUAUGAGGUGUGCAGGACUACUGACUCCAGGAGAAGUGACAUAAAGAAUUCACAAGCUAUGAGUCAAAGUUUAGUGAAUGUGGAUGGAGCUGAUGCUGAAACGCCGCAUGAAAACAAGCACAUGUCAGGAAACUGCUCACAGAUGUCAACUUUGGUGAGUCAAAGCUUUCCUUACAUAUUUUACUGUGAAAAUGCUCUGAGCGCCGCUGUUGACUCGUCAUUGAAUUGA